AUGGAAGUGAAUAGUGAACUGCUCCUUGCCGUUGCGUGUCUGCCUGUCACCCCCUGCCAUAUCAUCGAUGACGCGGCUCAGUUUAUUGGUUACCGCAAUUACUUUAGGUCCAUCGACGCUGUGACCGGUGAUUCACCGGACGAGGCAGGUAGUGGUGUUGUGAAAGGCACCCAGGCCUUUUUCGACAAGCGCGACGAGCUAUCUGGAUUCGUCUUGUGGGCCCUUCGACAGACGAGUUUGGCAGUGGUCAACAAAGACUCUGUACCGAGGUUCGAGAGCGUCAACAUUAGGCCUGAUAUGUUGAAAGGUUAUCGUCAGAUCCGUGAACGUCUCGGCUUCGACACAUAUUUACAUGACCCCAAGUUGCUGCGCGAACUCUGGACAUUCCUCCAAGACGCCGCUCGCAACCAGUUUCCCGAGUUUAGCGGAGAUGCUACCCAAGCUGGUUCCACACAAGGUGUCGGUAACAAUGGCGACGUGGACGUCGACAUGGAUUCCAAUACCAUCGUCGCACCCAGACCUGUCAACGACACAGCAGCCACAUCGGACCACAGUCCAGCAGACAGGGAUGAAAUGCAUGGUGCCGAUGCUGACGCUGAUGAGGAAGAAGACGCCGAAGGUGCCGAAGACAACACCGAAGACGACGAAGACGAUGAGGACUCGGGAGCGGCCCAGCCAGCAGCCCAGCCAGUGACCCGCAAAAGCCCAGAUGACUUUGCACUAGAGACGGGAACUGUCCGGUGCACGGCGUGGUCGAAGGAGACAGACUCGCGAUGCAAGCGACAUGCAGACAACGAGAACGAAGACCGCCGGACGUGGAGAUGUCACAACCAUGAUCCGGUGAGGAAGGCCAAAAUAAAGGCUGAUCGUCUGGCGAGGAACCGCGCGGCGAAGACGGGAAAGAAAGGAAAGAUGGCAAAGAACGCUGGAGUUGCGAAGCCAAAUCAGAAGAAAGCGGGCAAGAAAGCAGCAAAGUGA